AUGUGGGCAAAACAUACCUGCUGUGCCGCACAAUUAGUCAAUACAAGUGAACAACGAAUCCGAGCCACAGAUUGGUUGGAAGCGCUGGAAUCGAUAGGAUUUGACGUCAGAGUACAUGGUUUGACGUCCGACAAGACGUUGUGUUGUCUUAGAGACGGAUUCACUGGAGAACACAUCAAGAAUUGUCACAAGAAGUUGCGAACCGAGAGUUCAAACUUCGGACAAUAUUCUCAACUGAACUGCAAUAAUAGCCAACAGUAUUGUUAUUUUCAAAACUAUAACAACGCAACCACUGGAGGCCAACUGCACGGUAUCGAUACCGUUGCGGCAACACUUCAGAGGGCUUUGAAAUUGGACACAACCAUGAUAUUACUCCAACAACCACAGAGUGCUUCCUUUGGUAGUACCGGUGCACUGCUGGGCCCCGACCUCGGCAUCACUUCUUAUAACAUUGACGACACUUUCGAAGACUUCAAGCUCUUUGACUUUCCCAUUGAGGACUCGUUAGACGACUCAUCAAACUUUGUAGACUUCACUGACAUGUACAGCCAACCUGAACAGUCCUCACCACAGACCUGUCAGAGUACGGCUCCAUCGACCAACUGUUCGCCACAAUCAGUAUCCGUUACGUCGGCCCCAUCCACUCCCAGCGCAGCCAUUCUUCCGAGUUUUCUCGAGACUUAUUCUCCACGCUAUAGACAACCCGUUUCCGCGUCUGGAAUGUACUUCAAGUUUGAAGACAUAGGAUCUGAAGAGGACUCCAUCGAGAGCGAGACCUUCUCCCUCCAGCCCUCCAAUGUCUCAGUGGCUUCGGUCGCUUCAGUCACAUCUCCAUCGAUAUCUCCCGCCUCCUUCUGCGGACAACAACCCAUUGCUAACUCCACGCCACUGGUCCUCAAGCAAGAGACGCCCGACACGUAUAUGGCGCCCACCAGCGGACAGACACCCAUGGAAAUCAGCUACGGAGCGCCGGCACCGCUGACUCAACGCAGCGCAUACCCGGCCGGUGCUACAUAUCCCUCGAGCAGUGAUAAACCGAUUGUCGCCAAUUCAACGCAACAACGCUAUCAGUUCAGCACUUUUACGCCUUCGCCCCUCCAGUCGCAGCCUCAGCCCCUCCAGUCACAGCACAGCACCCCUUAUCAGUGCUCAUCACUCGAGUCGAAAACGAGUCAAUACUGUCCCUCACUUCACAACAUAUCUUCAUAUCAAACCACAGAACCCUUGACUCAACUCAACAACAGUGCGAAAGUGCACCGCAAACCAGCCCUCGCUCUGCCGAGUCCUACCUCUUCGGAAUCGAGUCUCCGAAUGCAUACCCCGACGACUCCCACCUCCAACUCCAGCCGGUCCUCGCCCAACGAGUCGCCCUCUCCGAGUCAGUUGUGCGCCGUUUGCGGUGACAACGCCGCCUGUCAGCACUACGGGGUCCGCACCUGCGAAGGAUGCAAAGGAUUUUUCAAGCGGACUGUGCAAAAGGGGGCCAAAUACGUAUGUCUGGGCAAUAAGGACUGUCCCGUCGAUAAGAGGCGGCGAAACAGGUGUCAAUUCUGUCGCUUUCAGAAAUGUCUGUCCGUAGGAAUGGUUAAAGAAGGUAAGAGUGCUUAU